UGGAAAGCUCAAGUGAUUGGUAGCUUGGGCUGUGAGUCUCCAUCUGCGCUUCUUGAGAUCAUUGCCGCGACGGUCGAACAUUUCUCGAGUCGUCACUCCAACUUUUGCCUGUCCCAUCUCCGCCGUUGUCAAGUAUCCAACUUCAUCCUCAUAGCUUCCUCCCCUUUGUACAACAACCCUCUAGAUGGCAGAUCCAGUGGGGAUUAACGCUGCGCGCGCGGCGCCCUCUUCAUCUUUAUGGGAUCGCGUAUCGAACUGGGUCUCGGAGAACAAGGCGGUUGCAUACACGAUCGCUGGAACGGUCGUGGUCAUCACUAGUGCGGGAGCCAUCUAUUAUUUCAGCAACCAGAAUUCGAGCACAUCUACUGUGCCUACGGAAAAGAAGAAGAGCAAAAAAGAGCGACGGAAAGAGAAGAAGGCCGCCGAGGAUGCACAGAAGUCUGGAAUCAGUCUCAAGGACGAAGAGGCCGCUCCGGUCCCGAAAACUCCCACCGUCGAAACGGAUGAUGAGCUGCCUGAGAUUAACGAAUCCACCAUCGAGAGUUUUUCGCAAGAGGAUAGAGAAAUAUAUGCAGGCAAGCUGAAAGCUGCUGGCAACAAAGCCUAUGGCUCAAAAGACUACAACAAGGCCAUAGACCUCUAUGGCAAAGCAAUCCUCUGCAAACCUGAUCCCGUCUAUUAUUCCAAUCGAGCCGCCUGCUACAAUGCUCUUAGCGACUGGGAUAAAGUAGUGGAAGACACGAGUGCGGCGAUUGCGAUGGAUGCAGAAUAUGUAAAGGCAUUGAAUCGACGAGCACACGCAUACGAGCACUUGGGAAUGUUCUCCGAGGCACUCCUGGAUUACACCGCCAGCUGCAUCAUCGACGGCUUCAAGAACGAAAACAGCGCGCAGAGUGUGGAAAGAUUGCUGAAGAAGGUGGCCGAAAAGAAAGGCAAGGCUAUCCUGGCAGAGAAAAAGAACAAGCUGCCCAGUGCCACAUUUGUCUCCAACUACCUUCAGAGCUUCCGUCCGCAACCGCCUCCGGCUGGUCUGGAGGAGUCAGCCGAACUCGAGGAAAACACCGGCAAAGGCCAGCUUCAGCGAGGUCUCAUCUCGAUGAAGAAGAAGACGGCAGAAGGUUACGAUGAAGCGACGGCAGCAUUCAAGAAAGCUGUGGAGCUUGGAGAUCUCGGUGAGCACGAAGCCUUUGCCCUUAACAUGCGUGCAACAUUCCUGUACCUGGAAGGCGACACGACAAAAGCACUUGAAGACCUUACCAAGGCUAUCGAGCUGCAACCAUCUCUUACUCAGGCCUACAUCAAGCGGGCCAGCAUGCAGCUGGAACUGGGCAACAAGGAUAUGGCUGCGGACGACUUUGAGAAGGCCAUGGCGCAGAACAAGGAGGAUCCGGACAUUUUCUAUCACCGAGCUCAACUCCACUUCAUCUUAGGAGAGUUCGCCGACGCCGCCAAAGACUACCAAAAGUCGAUUGACUUGGAUCGAGACUUUAUCUAUUCGCAUAUUCAACUGGGCGUCACACAGUACAAGAUGGGUUCUCUCGCCUCCUCUAUGGCUACAUUCCGCAGGACGAUCAAGAACUUUGACAAGGUUCCGGACGUGUACAACUACUAUGGUGAACUUCUGCUCGACCAACAGAAGUAUGGAGAAGCUGUUGAGAGAUUCGAUACUGCCAUUGACAUGGAGCGACAAACGAAACCCACUGGCGCGAUCAACGUGCUACCGCUCAUCAACAAGGCUCUCGCACUUUUCCAAUGGAAGCAAGACUUCAAAGCGGCAGAGGACCUGUGCGAGAAAGCGCUCGUUUUGGAUCCUGAGUGCGACAUAGCCGUUGCUACCAUGGCACAGCUCCUGCUCCAGCAAGGAAAGGUCGUCAAGGCCCUCGAAUAUUUCGAACGCGCAGCAGAGCUUUCCAGAACCGAAGGCGAGAUUGUCAAUGCACUUUCUUACGCCGAAGCCACCCGAACACAGCUCGAAGUAUCACAAAAGUAUCCUCAGCUCGCAGCUCGGCUACAACAAAUGGAAGGAGCAGGACUAGGUGGACCUCAGUUGAGGUAGAAUCCACCACCCACCCUAGGUGUCAUGGUCUUGAGAUUGUUGAUUGAUGCGAGGACUCCCUCCUCCUUUUUCUUUUUCUUGGUGCACAUGGGCCACGUACUGACGAGCGAUCUAUGUGGGACUUCUGACUUGUACGUUUAAUACUACUCAUGAGCUUCCAGUGCCCUGCGCAGCCUUCCUGCGCCCAGUUGGUGCAAUGAUAGGUGGCGGUGGAUCUACCGCAGGGGUUGUGAUGAAGGAUAAAAUGGUGUGUAGUGUGUAUAAUACAACGAGAUUCGAGGUG